ACACAACCCCGCAGCCAGGCUACUUCUGCCUCCGGCCCUGGAGUGGCAGCGCCCACUGGCUGGAGCCGAGGGGUUCGGGAGGGCUGUGGUGAGCCCCAGAGGCGCGGCGACACCGUCCCCCCUCUGCUGGCGCUGGCCCGGGGCUCCCCGGGCUGCCCCGCUGCGCCCAGGCCCCCGGCCCCGCCCCCAGCACGGCCUCCUGGGGGCAAACGUCCCCUGGGCCGAGGCCUCUUCACUUUCCAGCACCAGGUCUGGGGUUCCUGGGGGUGUGGCUUGGAGAGAGCGGCCUGGUUAGGACUGAGGCCCUAGGGUGGGAGUUUGGGGGCUCGGUCGUGUCGCUUGAGGUCAGUAUUAGGGGGUGUAAGUGCUUGUGAGGGUAGAGGGUGUUUUGAAAGUGAGGGCUCUGGAAAACUGGGCUGCCAGGGUGAACCCACAACCCUCCCCUCUGUUGGGGCAGGAGAGCUAGAAGGGGGAGGCCCAGCUGAUGGGGGCCCUCACCCCGCCCCUUUCCAGGCCCCCCCUUGGAGCAAGCCUUUCCAUGGCAGAUGCCACUGAGGACCCCACCAUAUUCACGGCCCACUCUCUGCCCAGUGACUCCCGACUCUGGGCCACCGUGACCAAUGCAUACUUGGGCACACGUGUGUAUCAUAACGCACUGCACGUGAGUGGCAUAUACAAUGGGGCCGGGGGGGACACGCACCGGGCCAUUCUGCCCAGUCCCCUCGACAUCCAACUGGAGGCCCCUGCAAGGACAGGAGAGCAGCUGACCAAGACCUUCAGCCUGGACACUAACACAGGCUCCUUCCUGCACACCGUGGAGGACUCCAGCUUCCGGGCCGCCCAGCGCAUCUAUGCCCACCGCACACUGCCUCACGUCCUGGUCUGCAGCGUGUCCAUCACCCGCCUGGGUGCCGGGAGCCGGCCCAUCACGGUGCUGCUGAGGUCGGCCUUCUCCCCAGAGAGCCCGGACUUGGCCCUGCACCUGGGGCCCGACUUCCGAGGAGCCCGGUACCUGCACGGCCACACCCUCACCCCCGAGCAGCCCGGGGGGCCGCAGCAGGAGGUGCACAUGCUGUGGACACCAGUGCCCCCGGCCCUGACCCUCGCGGCAGGUGAGGACGUCCAGACCUGGGAAUUCCUGGUGGUGGUGGGCGGCAGCCAGGCUGAGGUCCGGACCUGCCUUGGCGAGGCCCUGCAGCUGCAGGCAGAACGCGCCCUGUACCCUGCCCACGCCCAGGCCUGGGCCCAGCUCUGGGCCGGCUGCGGGCUGGAUGUGCCGGGCCCGCUGCGCCUGCGCCAGGCCCUGCGUGCUGCGCUCUACUACCUGCUCAGCGCUCUGCCCCAGCCCGGGGCCCCGGGGCACACCUGCCACGGCCUCAGCCCCGGGGGCCUCUCCAACGGGAGCCGUGACGAAUGCUACUGGGGCCAUGUCUUCUGGGACCAGGAUCUCUGGAUGUUCCCGAAUGUCCUGGUGUGGCACCCAGAGGCUGCCCGGGGUCUCCUGGAGUACCGCAUCCGGACGCUGGCCGGGGCCCUGGACAACGCCCGGAGGCUGGGCUACCAGGGAGCCAAGUUUGCCUGGGAGAGUGCGGGUUCCGGCCUGGAGGUGUGUCCCGAGGACGUUUAUGGGGCCCAGGAAAUCCACAUCAACGGCGCUGUGCUCCUGGCCUUCCAGCUGUACUACAGCAGCACCCAGGACCUGCAGCUCUUCCAAGAGGCCGGUGGCUGGGACGUGGUCAGUGCUGUGGCUGAGUUUUGGUGCAGCCGUGUAGAGUGGAGCCCUGACGAGGAGAAGUACCACCUGCGGGGAGUCAUGCCCCCCGACGAGUUCCAUUCAGGGGUGAACAACUCCGUGUACACCAACGUCCUGCUCCAGAACAGCCUGCGCUUUGCUGCUGCUCUGGCCCGGGACCUGGGCCAGCCUGUCCCUAGCCGGUGGCUGGAGGUGGCCGAUAAGAUCAAGGUGCCCUUUGACCCGAAGCACAGCUUCCACCCUGAGUUUGAUGGGUACGAGCCUGGUGAGUGGACCCGGAACCCCUCCGAGGCCCCUUCUGGCCUCUGUCAGGACCUCGCGCCAGCCGUGGACUCCCCUCCCCCCGUCAGCAGCGUCUGUCCCCCAGGAGAGGAGGUGAAGCAGGCAGACGUUGUGCUCCUGGGGUACCCUGUCCCCUUCUCCGUGAGCCCUCGCAUUCGCAGAAGAAACCUGGAGGUUUACGAGGCUGUGACGUCCCCCCACGGCCCUGCCAUGACCUGGAGCAUGUUCGCCGUAGGCUGGAUGGAGCUGCAGGAGCCCAGCAGGGCGUGGGACCUCCUGGAAAGGAGCUUCGCCAACAUCACAGAGCCCUUCAAGGUGUGGACAGAGAAUUCCGAUGGGUCGGGGGCGGUCAACUUCCUGACCGGCAUGGGGGGCUUCCUGCAGGCAGCGCUCUUCGGGUUCACCGGGUUCAGGAUCACGGGGGCUGGUGUGACCUUUGAUCCCAGGUGUCCGGCCGGGGUCACAGGCGUGAGCGUCUCCGGCAUCUCCUACCAGGGGAACAAGCUUGACUUCUCCUUCUCCGCGGGCUUGGUGACAGUGAAGGUCAGGGCCCGAGCGGGGCCCUGGGCGCCCCCGCUGGAGGUCGAGCUGUGGCCAUCACAAGCCCGGCUCCCGCUGCCCCCAGGACACGAGAUUUCCUUCCCUUGCUCGGCUGGCCGGAUACAAAGGUCCUUCCCGUAGGAAGCAGAAAUAGCCCUUCUGCUCCAGGUAUUUCCAGAGAGAGCCUUUCGAAGACGCUGGACGCCUGCCAGACCCCACGGGACCACAUUUGGGGCACUCUUGGGCCCUCCGCCCCACUGACUCCCUCACUCUGGCUCUGCCUGGGGCUCUGCUCCUGGACCACCAGCACCGUGGCUUCCGGGGUGCCUCUUGGGCCCUGCCCUCUCACGCUCCCUGUGUGGUGGCCCUGGCUGGGGCACUCACCCCUCUUUGACGUUCUACUGGCCUGUCGUCCCCUCCCACUCACCUCCAGCUGGCAGCCAGGCUCGUGGGCUCCAGGCAAUGUCUGAGUCAAGACUGAGCCCUUUUUCUGCCUAGACCCCACGAGGCCCCCACCAGCCAUGUCUGUGCCUGGCCUUCUGGGCUGAAGGUGGCACCUGUCCUUUCCCCAGGCAGACAGCUCUGCCGAGGAGGCAGAGGGGGGCUCAGCCUGCCUCGGCUGGGCGACAGCGAGGCAGGGCCCUGGGGAGGGGGCCUCGGCUCGGAACUGUUCAGGACUCAGUCACAGCCCAGCACAGGAGAGCGUCCGGGCCCGGUGGCUGAGGGACAGUCGAGGUGCGUCUAGGUGCCCUCGGGCCAUCCUGGGGACUCGGUGCUGCAGGUUUUGGCUCCCCUGGCCUCUGAGCCGCUUCGCUGAGGUCAGACAGCCCCUGUCACACCUUUCCACGGCCAGGCGGGGUGCGGAGCAAGCUCCCAUCCCUUCUGACCAGCCACAGGACCAGGGUAACUGAACCUGGGUUCAGGGCCAUGGCCCUGGUCCCCUCUGUCCUGGCCGGGCUGCCCUCGGCCUGCCCAGAUUCCCCUCCUGGGGCCUCAGCCCCUCCCCUGGCACAUCAAACUUGAGUCCUCGGGGACUUCCCAAGAAUGAGGGGACACGGCGCCCGCCACCAGAACUGCGGUGAGGCCGGCCUGCUACACCAAUCUGCCCAAGCAAUAAAGUGCUAGAAGAGCCGUG